GCUUGAUAAUCGAUAGAAUAUGGAAGUGGAAAAGUGCCAAAUUUGAACAGAAAAUGAGUUCAAAUACAAAUGUCCUAAAUGCGCAAUAACGUACUGCAGUCUGGUGUGAUACAAAACCCAUCAGGGUAAUGAAGAACACAAAGAGAUUUCAUUAUGUCAACAACGGAUAGAAGCAAAGAGAGCCAAUCAGCCCAAGAAGAAGGAAUAUUACUCUAACGAUGAGUCUGAAGAACCUCUGUUUCUUGAUGAUGACGAUGUUGUCUUGACUGAAGCUGAGUUGGAACGGAUCAAAAACCCUCAAAUUCUUAAGAUGCUAAAGAACGAGAAAAUAGCUGAGUUUAUCAAAAGAAUUGACUCGUCUCAUAAUGCAAAGAAAGCUAUUGAAAGAGAAAUGGAGAAAAGAGAAAACUCGUAUUAUUCACGAUUUAUUGAUGAACUGCUCAAAUCAGUCGGCUAUAUGUCAGAAGAAGGACGCUUCCAGAUCCCUGAAAAAUAGGUGUAC